AAGCCCCGCCCUCUGCGUCCGUCCCUCCCUUCCCUCCUCGUCGGUCUGGUUCCUCCAUCCGAGCCCCCCCCUCCUCGCCGCCGCCUCUGGCUUCCCUGGCAUCGCGGCGGAAGUCUUGAAAGAGCGGGGCUGCCUCUUCUUCGGCGCCUCUCGACUGUGUCCCUCGAGGCCGGCCCGGAGGCGGGAGGCAGCCGUCUGGGUGGCGAGGCGGCGCAGGACGGGGCGUGAGGGGAUCCCGCCGAGACGGAGAAGCGGCGCUCCCGGUGAGCUCCAGGCGGCGCCGGCGGCGGAAGAAGAAGCAGCCCCAGAAGCGGCAGCGGCGGCGGCAUGGCAGAGGGCGCCCGUUCCUUGCUCGGCGGGAGCAGCGGUUCCAGCCCGGCUCCGAGCCCCCUCAUGGGGCGAGGCAGCAAGAGCCGUUCGCUGCCCACGCCGUCGUCCUCGCCUUCGCUGCUGCGGCGGGCUCAGCCGACGCCGCCCGCGUCUCCCAAGCAGCAGCACCCGACGUCUCGUGGGAACGCGCCCGGGCACUGCUUCAGGAGGGUGACCCUCACCAAGCCCACCUUCUGCCACUACUGCACCGACUUCAUUUGGGGCUUGGCGGGAUACCUGUGCGAAGUGUGCAAUUUUAUGUCUCAUGAGAAGUGCCUGAAGCAUGUAAAGAUGCCAUGCUCAUGUGUUGCUCCAAGUCUUGUAAGGGUUCCAGUUGCACAUUGUUUAGGACCUCCAAGAUUUUAUAAGAAAAAAUUCUGUGCUGUGUGCAGAAAGCUACUAGAGUCUCCGGCACUUCGUUGUGAAGUGUGUGAGCUACAUGUGCAUACAGAUUGUGUCCCAUUUGCUUGCAGUGACUGUCGCCAGUGUCAUCAGGAUGGUCAUCAGGACCAUGAUAUAUACCAUCAUCACUGGAGGGAGGGGAAUCUUCCUUCAGGGGCACGUUGCAAAGUCUGCAAGAAAGCAUGCGGAUCUUCAGAGGUGCUCUCGGGUAUGAGAUGUGAAUGGUGUGGUAUUCUGGCUCAUGCUGCUUGCUGUGUGAUCGAAGCUCCGGAAUGUACAUUUGGAAGACUAAGAAACAUGAUUCUUCCUCCAAAUUGUGUGCGCUUGCUUUCUCGUAACUUCAGUAAAAUGCACUGUUUUCGGAUAUCAGAAAGUUUGCAGACAGAAACAGAUGAUGAUGAUGAUGAUAGUUCAUCACAGUUAUCACAGAAGGAACCCCAGGUUUCAACAGAUUCAGGCAAACAAAUAUUAAAAAUAUAUGAUGGGAAUGAUGCAGUAAAACGCAACCACUAUCGUCUAAUUAUGGUUCCAAGGAUUGCCAAAAAUGAAGAAGUUGUGGAAGCUUCACUGAGGGCAUAUUACAUCAAUGAUGAUCCACAAGAUUACGAGCUUCAAACAUUUACUCAGCAAGGGUUGUUUUGUGAUGACAUAAUUAAUAGAAAUGAUACUGCAGAAGAAGCCCAAGCUGCAUCUGUGUUCCGAGAAGCUGUUCCUGAAGCUUGGAUAAUCAGAGCCAAACCUAGGAACAGUGAAGUCAUAAAAAUUUACCCUGGUUGGCUGAAGAUAGGAAUGGCCUGUGUCUCAAUAAGAAUAAAGAAAGAAAGCACUACACAGAUGGUUAUUAAAGAGGUUCUGGCACAACUUGGAUACCAGCAGCUAGAAAACUUCCGGGAUUUUAGUUUGGUGGAGGUUCUCAUGGGCUCUAGACAAGUUCAGCGAAUGGUGCUAGAUGACGAUGAAUUGAUUCUUGGCAGAUUUCAAGAUAUAAGAAAGACCUCAUUACGGCAGAUGAAUCAAACCAGAUUUUACAUUGUGGAAAAAAAAAUAUCAGUUGUGCAGGUACAUUUAUUUGUUGGAGGUCUGCCACCUCAUCUCUCUAUAGGAGAAUAUACAAACAUCCUCAAAGAUGAAUUAACGAUCAAAACGAAUCUAGUUUCUGUGAGUCAAGUGUAUUCAUCUCAAGGUGCUGUUGUACUAGAAAUUUCCUGUUUCUCUGAAGCUGAAAGACUGUACAUGCUAGCUAAAGACACCACUGUUAAUGAGAAGCCACUAUCUGCAGUUGUUGUCCCUGAAGUGCUGCAAACCAAACUUCCACGGAACUGCUGUCCAUUGCUUGUAUUUGUCAAUCCAAAAAGUGGGGGCCUUAAAGGUCGGGACUUGCUGCAUAGUUUUAGAAAACUGCUGAAUCCUCACCAAGUCUUCGAACUAACGAAUGGAGGGCCACUACCUGGGUUUCAUGCCUUCUCUCAAAUUCCUAAUUUCCGAAUAUUGGUAUGUGGUGGUGAUGGCACUGUUGGUUGGGUACUUGGUGCACUAGAAGAGGUCCGACAUAAGCUUGUCUGUUCAGAACCAUCUGUGGCUAUUUUACCUUUAGGAACAGGCAAUGACUUGGGGAGGGUGCUCCGCUGGGGUGCUGGAUAUAGUGGCGAAGAUCCUUACACCAUUCUGAUCUCAGUAGAUGAGGCUGAUGAUAUUCUUAUGGAUCGCUGGACCAUCCUUUUAGAUGCUCAGGAGGCCCUGGAAAGCUCAGAAAAUGGUGUGUUAGAGCCUGAACCUCCUAAGAUUGUACAAAUGAACAACUACUGUGGCCUUGGAAUCGAUGCAGAGUUGAGUCUAGGUUUUCAUCAUGCCAGAGAAGAAGAGCCAGAUAAAUUCAAUAGCAGGUUUCACAACAAAGGUGUCUAUGUAAGGGUUGGAUUGCAGAAAAUUAGUCAUACCAGAAAUCUUCAUAAAGAAAUAAAACUCCAGGUGGACCAGCAUGAAGUUGAGCUUCCACAUAUUGAAGGCCUUAUCUUCAUUAAUAUUCCCAGUUGGGGAUCUGGUGCUGAUCUUUGGGGAUCUGAUAAUGAUAAUCGGUUUGAGAAACCAAGAAUUGAUGAUGGCUUACUGGAGGUUGUUGGUGUCACUGGAGUUGUUCACAUGGGUCAGGUCCAAGGUGGUCUGCGUUCAGGCAUCCGGAUUGCCCAGGGCUCCUACUUUCGUGUAACACUUCGGAAGCCAAUUCCUGUACAAAUAGAUGGAGAGCCCUGGAUUCAACCUCCAGGACAGAUAAUCAUUUCUGCAGCAGGACCAAAGGUUCAUAUGUUAAGGAAGUCAAAACAUAAGCAGAAGAAAACUGGGAAUGCAAAGGACUCAAGAAAUGACAACAUGCCAGUCAGUGAAGUGGGGCCUUGAUAGAAGACCUCUACAGGACAAAUGCAGCACAUCUACUGUAGGGGGAAUGGAUUUGCCUGAUAUAAUCAUUCAAGUUACACAGUUCAGGUUUAAAAGGUUUGCUUAGGAGCCUGCCUGUUACAUUCCAUGUUUGUUGUACAGUACCUGUCCUGUGGCUGGCAUGGCAUAUGUUCAUGCAUCACAAAUUGAUCAGAGACAUUUGUAUCAGGUAGCCUUUCCAUAAAACAUUAACCAUUUGGUGGGGGGAGAGGUUGCAGGUAGCAAAUAAAGCAGCCAUUCCAUUGUGAUGUGUUUUUUAAAAUGCAGCUGAUUUUUUCCACCCUUUUAUCCCAGAAAAUCACUUGUUUUAUAAAAAUAAGAUUUAACCAUCUUUUAGAGAAAGAGAACCCCCCCCCACACACACUUCUUACUAAAAGUUUCAAGAUAGCCCGGUAUCCUCCAGAGGAAGAGCAAACAAAUAAUAUGUUUUGAUGCUUUGUGCAAUAAUGCUUUAUGUUGACUAGGGAUAAAUUCAUUAAGUCCAGUGGCACAAUCUGUCUUCUUCUCUACCAGAAGCAUUGUUCAUGGCAAUGUUUCUAGUAGUGUCUAAUAAGCAAAUUGCUUCCAGCUUGUACACAGAGGGAUCCAGCAGCUUGUUUCCAUCUGUGAAAGCAGGGCACGUCAUUCACAUUCUCCUGCUUGAUGAUGGUUGUUUGUACUGCACUGUACUUGGUGAAGUGCUGAAUGGGGAAAGUCUAGCCACAAUGCAAUGGGAUGUCACCUCCCAUGUGCUAGCUCUGCAAGGAUUGUGCCCCAGUGUUUAGCUAGCUGUUUGUUUGUUUGUUUAUGUACUGUUUAAAAAAAAAACCCUUCCUCUCCACACUACUAAUUGAAACUGUUGUGGAGAGGAAGGUCUUCUGUCAAUUUAUCUGUUUUUAUACUGCACAAACUUUUUAAUAUACACUACAAACUCUUGAUUUUCUACUGAGCUGCAUGCUUUUUUCUUUUCAUGAUUCUGUUAUCUUGUUCCUAAAUAUUUUUCUUUUCUUUUCUAAAAUCAUCUUUCUUUUUACAUGGUCUGUGAGACUGUUACUGGCACCCUAAAUGCCAAGUAUAGAAUUAAUCAUUAUGGCACAAUAUAGUAAAUUAAUUAUUUCAGCAUUAGCUGUACUGAGUAGUGAUUCACUAAGCUGUAAUGUGCAGUGGUUCAUUCUGUAUGCAAGAAUGACUUAGGUUGUUGAGUUUUAAAAUCCUUUUUAAAAUACCUUCUUAUCUCUGGCUAUGGUCUGUAUUCGAUAAGAGAAUAGAUCUUGGUCUGUCUGUACACAUUAUGUGGCAUCAAAAGAGGAAUAGUCAUGGCUGGUAACAGAAGGGAGUGUUAAGAUUGGUAA